ACGGACAAAGUCCUUCAUCUCUACUUUGCCACAGCUUGUUGCUGUUCCUUCUCUUGCUUCGACGCACAAAUUCUAGGGUUAAAGGGCACCCUUCUGCCCACCUUGUCCGUGGUUAAUCACGGCUUGGCCCCCCUGUGCCCAGUAUUCUUGCUUUUUUUUUUUUUGCAGACGUGGGUUGAUUUGUGCAAACUCUAGAGGGAUAAUAGCUUUUUGCUAUCUUCAAGUUGGUCGACAUGGGUUUCAAGGGCACUAAGGCUGAGAAGAAGGUUUUGUAUGACAAGAAGCUCAUCCAGCUUCUGGAGGAAUACACGCAGGUGUUGAUCUGUGCUGCUGACAAUGUUGGGUCCAAGCAGCUGCAGAGCAUUCGCAAGGGUUUGAGGCCAGAUUCUAUUGUGCUCAUGGGGAAGAACACCAUGAUGAAGCGCUCCAUUCGUAUCCAUGCCGAGAAAACUGGAAACAAGGAUUAUGAGGAGCUUCUCCCUGCCCUUGUGGGCAAUGUUGGCCUUAUCUUUACCAAGGGCGACUUAAAGGAAGUCCGUGAAGAGAUUGGAAAGUACAAGGUCGGAGCUCCUGCGCGUGUGGGUCUUGUUGCCCCCAUUGAUGUGAUUGUACCUCCUGGCAACACUGGUCUGGAUCCCUCUCAGACUUCUUUCUUCCAGGUCCUCAACAUCCCCACGAAGAUUAACAAGGGUACUGUCGAAAUUAUUGCUCCUGUAGAGCUCGUCCACAAGGGUGACAAGGUCGGAUCAUCCGAGGCUGCUCUUCUUGCAAAGCUUGGCAUCCGGCCAUUCUCCUACGGUCUCGUUGUUGUCAACAUCUACGACAAUGGAUCCUUGUUCGCGCCGGAGGUGCUGGACCUGACCGAGGAUGAUCUUUUGGACAAGUUCGCUGCAGGUGUGUCCACCGUGGCCGCGGUGUCUCUGGCCCUUAACUACCCAACCCUGGCUGCUGUUCCUCACUCCUUUGUCAACGCGUACAAGAACUUGUUGGCUAUUGCCGUGGAGACCGAGUAUUCUUUCCCCCUCGCCGAGAAGACCAAGGAGUACCUCAAGGACCCCUCGAAGUUCGCAGCUGCCACUGCUCCUGUCGCUGCUGAAUCUGCAGCACCAGCAGCUGCUGCGAAAGAGGAAGAGAAGCCCGAAGAGAAGGAAGAGUCUGAUGAUGACAUGGGUUUCAGUCUGUUUGAUUAGAAUUCCUUGGAGCUUGAGGUUUUUCCCUGCUUUACUUGGCAGUCGGACUGAUGCCCUCGAAAAUGUAUCGUUUUAUCCUACUGCUAGUAAAGGUCAUUCUCUUGGCGAAACGUCUUUUCCCCCUUAAAA